GCAACGAUGAACGAUGGGCAAAACGCGAAACCUACAAAACGUCAAGAAUAUCAAAAUUAUUCAAAAUUGUCAAUAAAAAAGAACGCUACGGAAUUUGUGUGUCAUUUUGUAUGUAUUUCAAACUAGAAUUAAAUAAAUAAUACUAGCCAUUAAACGAAAUUUUAGUUUACAAUGGAGUCGGCGCCGGUACAGGGCGCAGAGAUAGAGAGUAUUUGCGUGAAGAUUGAGCCCUGCGAGGAUGUGUGCAUAACAGAUGAGCCCAGAUUCGAGACGGUGGUUGUGAAAAUUGAGCCGGACCUGGAAUAUGUGAAUGUACAAGACGAGCCCAGGUGCGAGGAUGUGUCCACAAAAGCCGAACCUUCGUCUUCAUAUGUGUAUGUCAAAAUCGAGCCGCUAGACGUGAGCGCCGCCGACCACGCCGUAAAAGAUGAGCCCGCGCUCGGCCCCGAGCUAGUGGAGCGGAGCGGCGUGGGCCACGUACCAACAGGACAAACUCAACGGAAGAAAACGUGCGGCAAACCCGAAACUCACCAAGGGCAUUUAAGCAAAUCUACAAAUGAAAAGCCAUACAGAUGUGGUCAGUGCAGCUAUACCAGUGCCUUAAAAAAAAGUUUGCAACGUCAUAUAUGGCAACACACUGGGGAGAAGCCUUACAAAUGUGGCCAGUGUAGUUACGCGAGCGCCCGCAAAGAUAAUUUGCAAAAUCAUGAAAAGAUACAUAUAGUUGAAAAACCUUACAAGUGUAACCUGUGUGAUUAUGCAAGCAGCAAAAAAAUAAAUUUGCAACAUCAUAUAAUGAAACACACUGGUGAAAGUCCUUACAAAUGUGGCCAGUGUAGCUAUUCAAGUACCCAAAAAGCUAACUUGCAAAGUCAUGUAAAGACGCACACUGGAGAGAAACCCUACAAAUGCGAUCAAUGUGAAUAUGCUAGCGCGCACAAAAGUUCUUUGCAAACGCAUAUACGUAAACAUGACAGCGAGAAAGCUUACAAAUGUGAUCAGUGUAGUUUCGCAAGUAACUGCAAGAAUAGUUUUAUGAUCCAUUCAAGAAAACACACUGGAGAGAAACUUUAUAAAUGUGAAUACUGUAAUUAUGCUAGCCCCCGUAAAUGUCAUAUGCAAAUUCAUGUAAGAAAACACACGGGUGAAGCACCUUACAAAUGUGCUCAGUGUAAUUAUGCUACAGCGCAUAAAUCUGCUUUACGAUCUCAUGUAAAACAACACACUGAUGAGAAACCGUACAAAUGUGAGCAAUGCAGUUAUGCUAGCAAAAAUAAAUAUCUUUUUGAAGUUCACGUAACGAAACACACUGGUGAAAAGCCGUAUAAAUGUCACCUCUGUAGUUAUGCUUGCAGCAAACCAGGUAUUUUGAACGUUCAUAUAAGGAAACAUACUGCUGAAAAGUCUUACAAAUGUGGCCAGUGUGGUUAUGCUACUGCCUACAGAUAUAAUUUGCAAGCGCAUGUAAUUAAGCACACGAAUGAGAAACCUUACAAGUGCGACCAGUGUGAGUAUGCUAGCAGCACAAAAAGAAGUUUGACAGUUCACUUAAAGAAACACACAGGAGAGAAGCUUUACAAAUGUGAUCAGUGUAGUUUUGCUAGUAAUUAUAAAAAAAGUAUAAAAGUCCAUAAUAAAAACAACCAUAGCUAGAACCCUUAUAAGUGUGACCAUGCAAGUGCAAAUAAUUGUUUACCACAUCUUAAACUUCUCGACGACCGAUCUGGCCUCGUGGGUAAUGACCCUGCCUAUGAAGCCGAUGGUCCUGGGUUCAAAUCCUGGUAAGGGCAUUUAUUCGUGUGAUGAGCAUGGAUAUUUCUUCCUGAGUCAUGGGUGUUUUCUAUGUAUUUAAGUAUUUAUAAAUAUUUAUAUAUUAUAUAUAUCGUUGUCUAAGUACCCUCAACACAAGCCUUAUUGAGCUUACUAUGGGACUUAGUCAAUUUGUGUAAUAAUGUCCUAUAAUAUUUAAUUAUUUUUAAACGGCAGCACAAAGUAGUAUAAAUCCUACAUUCUAUAUUUGCCUGAUAUUGUAUAAUUUUUUUUUUCAUGAAAAUUCUUUAUUUACUAUAACAAUAUACAUAAUGUAUAUAUACAGAGGAUUACUAUAACUAGCUUAUACUCGUAUCUAAAAUAGGCCCUUGAGGCAUUGUACCAAGGACACUGGCGGCAUUUCCUCGUUGUAUCGCAACACUGAUACGUUGUGCGAGGAAGCCGCCAUCUCUUCGAUCACCAAUUACAUCCACCAGACGUUUCGCGAUUUCUCCAAAAAACUUGUGUGCGCUGGGACCCCAUGGACCUAGAGUUUCACUAUGUAUACAUUUACAUAGGUACUGUAACAGUGAAUAAAAUUAAUAGGAUCAAAUUUCCCUAAUGUAAAAAAAAGAAAUUAAGUAGAAUAAGAUCGCUUAGGCAAAAUAAGUGGAUAGAGCCAGCUGAGCGUUUUUGAUCGCACAGUGUGCAAAAACCGUGCAGAGUUAGUUUAGCCUCAAUAUAAGAUUGGAAUUAACCAAUGACAAUUUGAAAUUGGGGAAUAUUGUCAAAGAAACCUUUGUCGCCACGUAAAUUUACUGCCAUCUUUCGACACAUAAUUAAAAGUUUUAGAAUGUCAUUUGACUUUGAUCCUUAUCCUUUCACGUAUAUGUGUUAAAUUUGUUAAAUAUCAAAAAGUGGCGCCAUCGCUCGAAACGAUGCCGCCAUACCUUUAGCCUUUGAUCAAUUAGAUGGCGCCACUUUAUGAUAUUUAAUAAAUUUAACUCAUAUCAGUGAAUAAGGAUCAAGAAAGAUGGCAGUAAAUAAUGUGGCUACAAAGUUUUCUUUUACAAUCCACCUCUAUUUCAGAUUCUCUUUGAAUUAACUAAUGAAAACUACAAAUUUCAUGUUAAUUUUAUUUAUUUGUUAUAUAUCCAGAUAUAUAUGUUUAGUGCAAUUAAUUAAAAAUAUACUAUUUCAAGCUCACAUGGUAAUUUUCGUUGUCUGUUCGGAAAGAGACGAGUUGUGAAAUGUACCCAAGCCCUAUACAUUCCACGACUCUUCUCUUUCCUAACACUCUGUAGGGACAUGGCGAUGACGCAAUUUAGAGUCAGCAUUUUCGGUAUACAGUUCGAAGGAGCAAUUUAGUCCAGUCAGUCGCUCAGCGCAAGGCAUACAGUGCCCACAUACUUAAUCAACUAGUUCGAUAUCGCGGCGCCGCCUGGUCCUGGUCCCGUCCUUGUAUUUAAAUACAUAAUUACGUAACCUUCUGAGAUUGUGUUUAUGGAGUCAGAAUAAAUCAGUGUUAAAGUUAA